AAUAAUCGGUACGGGGCUCUGUCAAUGCCCACUAACCAGCAAAACUCAGAAAGGGCGGAGCUUCCAAGGUAGUCUUCUCCACCAUGACCACCCUUUGGACCCCUGCCCGAUGGGCCCAACCCAUGUCAGAUGAAUUGCUCGAAGCUUGCUGGCGAGCCAAAAGAGGGCCAUAUAUCCCCAAGCAGGCCCUGACAAGGCGGUUUCCCCAGAAUCCUCUGUCAGCUCUCCCACACAACGCCCCUCCUCCCCGCGUUCGCACGCAUCCUCGCUCGCCCCUCCUGCCGUUACGCCUCCCGGCCCGCCGACUUAUAUUGCCCACGCAAUAUAAACUUGUUACUCGAUAUUGUGCUGGACCAGAAACCGUCGCCCCCUGUCGCGCCAAUCCCGCCCAGCUUCAUCCACGAGCCUUUUUCGCGGCCCUCCUCCUCUCGUGCUGUGCAUGUACGCCAAGCCUACAGACAGCUCUCACACAGUAUCCCGAGAGGCAGCUCACUUCGGUCCGUUCUGACUGCCGUCCCCCAGUUCUGGGUCCGGCGCCAGGCACUCAAUAUAGAUACCUCCCACCUCCCCGUCCUCACCGUCGUCGGCUCUGACCUCCCAUCUCCUGUCCCGACCCAGACGUAGCAGCGCUUCAACCAACUGCCCGCACUCGCUCGAAGCUGACUGCUCGUAUAUGUCCUAAUCAAGGUCUUGACGACCCUAUUAUUAGCUAAUUUCACAACGCCCUCUUCUCACGACCCCAACACCCAUCAACCAAGAUGUUGUCGAAUCCGCUUCACAGGUUCUCGACUUACCACAUCCCAUCGAGUACGCUGUUAUCGAAUGGCCAUGUUCCGGCCGGUCACCUGCAUUCUGCCGGCCUCGACACACUAGCCC